AUGCCCUUUGCUGCUGACAAUAUAACACAACCGGUGGCAGAGCACUUAGAACUCUGCAGGGCCAUUCAUGACCAAAAAAACUCUCAAACAAGGGGACAGAAAGAACUCAAACCUGGAGCAGAAACUCUCAAACCUAAGACAGAAAGCACUCCCAAACCUGGAGCUGAAAGCACUCUCAAACCUGGGACAGAAAGCACUCUCAAUCCUAGAGCAGAAACUCUCAAACCUGGGACAGGAAGCACUCCCAAACCUGGAGUUGAAAACACUUUCAAACCUGGGACAGAAAGCACUCCCAAACCUGGAGCUGAAAGCACUCUCAAACCUGGGACAGAAAGCACUCCCAAACCUGGAGCUGAAAGCACUCUCAUACUGGGGACAGAAACACUCCCAAACCUGGAGCAGAAACUCUCAAACCUGGGACAUGAAGCACUCCCAAACCUGGAGCAGAAACUCUCAAACCUGGGACAGGAAGCACUCCCAAACCUGGAGUUGAAAACAAUCUCAAACCUGGGACAGAAAGCACUCCCAAACCUGGAGCUGAAAGCACUCUCAAACCUGGAGCAGAAAGCACUUUCAAUCCUGGAGCAGAAACUCUCAAACCUGGGACAAAAAGCACUUCAAAACCUGGAGCUGAAAGCACUAUCAAACCUGGGACAGAAAGCACUCCCAAACCUGGAGCUGAAAGCACUCUCAAACCUGGGACAGAAAGCACUCUUCAGUCCUGGAGCAGAAACUCUCAAACCUGGGACAGGAAGCACUCCCAAAUCUGGAGCUGAAAGCACUCUCAAACCUGGGACAGAAAGCACUCUCAGUCCUGGAGCAGAAACUCUCAAACCUGGGACAGGAAGCACUCCCAAACCUGAAGAUGAACGCACUCUCAAACCUGGGACAGAAAGCACUCUCAGUCCUGGAGCAGAAACUCUCAAACCUGGGACAGAAAGCACUCCCAAACCUGGAGCAGAAAGCACUCUCAAACCUGGAGCAGAAAGCCCUCCCAAACCUGGAGCAGAAAGCACUCCCAAACCUGGAGCAGACUCUUAA